CACAACUUCAUUUUCACCGAAACUUGAUCCAUGUCUUCGACGUCGUCCAUGGCGCUGCUUGCCCACCGCAUCGCUCUGUUCUUCCUCCUUGCCCGUUGCCUUCUCCGUUCACGCGCCGACGACGUCGACUUCAUCUACAACGGCUUCCGGGAUGCCGCCAACCUGAGCCUUGACGGCUCGGCGUCGGUCCUCCGUGGCGGCGCGCUCCGGCUCACCACCGACCGCGGCCACGUCAUGGGCCACGCCUUCUUCGACUCACCAGUGCGGAUGCUCAGGGGCGGCGACGCCGUCGUCUCCUUCAGCACGGCCUUCGUGUUCCAGAUCGUGACCGUCGGCAGGGGCGGAGGCGCCGGCCUCGCGUUCGUCGUCGCGGCAUCCAAGGUGCUCCCCGGAGCAAGCCCCGGGCUCUACCUUGGCCUCCUCGGCCAGGACACCAUGGGCGACUCUUCCAACCACGUCUUCGCCGUCGAGUUCGACACCACGCAGGCGGCCGCGCUCCUGAACGAGACGAACGACAACCACGUCGGCGUCGACCUCAACAGCCUGGUGUCCAAUGUGUCGGAGCCGGCCGCGUACUUCGCCGACGACGGUAGCAACGUCCCUGUGCCCCUCGAGAGCAUGCAGCCCAUCCAGGCCUGGGUGGACUACGACGGCCACACCAAGAUCCUCAACGUGACCAUAGCUCCCGUGUCCGUGGCAAGCAGUCGGCCUCGCCGGCCGCUCAUCUCACAGCCGGUUGAUCUCUUGCCCAUCUUCAAGCAAGACAUGUACGUUGGCUUCUCGGCGGCGACCGGGAAGCUGGCGAGCUCACAUUACAUCCUCUCAUGGAGUUGCCGCACAGGAGGAGGAGGAGGAGGAGGAGGACUAGCACAGUCCAUCGACCUCUCCCGGCUGCCGGAAGUUCCAAAGCCACCACCUCCUCCGCUUUCCAGAUCCGCCGUCUUCAAGAUCGUCGCGCUGUCCUGCGUGGCCACUCUUGCCGCCAUCGUCGCGGCAACUGUUGCUGCGGUCUGGCUGCGGCAGAGGGCGGCGCUCGCCGAGACGCUGGAGGAGUGGGAGCUGGACCACCCGCACCGGUUCCCGUACAAGGAGAUGUACAGGGCGACGAAGGGGUUCAGGAACAGCGAGCUUCUCGGCGCCGGUGGCUUCGGCAAGGUGUACAGAGGCGUGCUCCGGCGGUCCGGCGACGUCGUGGCCAUCAAGCGGAUCUCGAGCAACGGGUCGCAGGGGAUGCGCGAGUUCGUCGCCGAGGUCGCGAGCCUCGGGCGCAUGCGGCACCGGAACCUGGUGGAGCUGCGCGGGUGGUGCAAACGAGGGCAGGACCUGCUGCUGGUCUACGAGUUCAUGCCCAACGGCAGCCUGGACGCGCACCUGUUCGGCGGCGCCCGGCAGCAGCAGCAGCUGCUGGUGUCGUGGGAGGAGCGCGUCAGGAUCCUCAGGGGCGUCGCGUCGGGGCUGGUGUACCUGCACGAGGCGUGGGAGCAGGUGGUGGUGCACCGCGACGUGAAGGCCAGCAACGUCCUGCUCGGCGCCGACAUGAGCGCGCGGCUGGGGGACUUCGGCCUCGCGCGCCUCUACGAGCACGGCGCCGACCCGGCCACGACGCGCGUCGUCGGGACGCUGGGCUACAUGUCGCCGGAGAUCGUCGUGACGGGCAGGGCCACCACGGCCACCGACGUGUUCGCCUUCGGCGUGUUGCUCCUCGAGGUGGCGUGCGGGCGGCGGCCCAUCGACCAGGCCACCGGCGUCAACCUGGUGCGCUGGGUCCGUGAACUGGGUGCCAAGGGCGACCUCGUGCGCGCCGUGGACGAGAGACUUGAAGGCCGCUACGACGCUGGCGAGGUGAAGCUGGUGCUGUGGCUGGGUCUCAUGUGCAGCCAGGCACGCCCGGAGACACGGCCUAGCAUGAGGCAGGUCUGCCAGUACCUGGAUGGGGAGGUAGAAGUGCAGGAGGCGGCGAUGAUCGGCUUCGCAGACGACGAUCUCAUCGACUUCGGCUCGCUGGCGUCUCUGACAUGGUCGUCGUGCGCGACGAUAUCAGGAGGCUCACUACAGGGUGGAAGAUGAACAAUCCUGUUCAAUAAUUUCACUUGAUCACCUAUCUUGACUAGGUGGAUUACUGGAUUGUUAUUAUUAUGUUGGGA